AUGUACACGGAAAUCAAGGAACUGGUGAACUUCUUGGCUGUUUACAUGCAUUAUCGCAUUCCAAGACGUCGGAUCACCUUGUACAUGGAAAGUUUUGGCAAUCAUUUAAUAACAAAAUUUCAUGAUAAUUGGCGUCCUGGUGAACCGAAAUAUGCUGAAAAUGAACGUAUCGUGCCGAUUAAAUCAAAUGAAAGUUUGGAUGAAACAUUCUGUGCUAUUGCAGAAAGUAAUGGCGUCUGUACGACUGAUCUUAACGCAUGCUUUCCAUCAAGCGUUGUCGCCUACUGUAACCCUGGUGAAGUAACUUGCCGCAUUUCGGACCAGCCACUCGUUGUGAUUGUUUGGCGUGGUGAUGUGGACAUAGACAGAAGCUAUGUUCCAACUCCUAUCGGUGCAGCAAAAUAUUACGAUGGAAAAUUUAGCAAUAUUCAAAAUACUGUCCUAAACGCUUAUGCAGCGAACGGGCCAUUGGCUCGUCCAAACACUUCUACGAAUAGCAAGGAAGUUAGACCGGAACGUUGCAUUCAACUUGUUCUGGUUAGCUCAGCUGAUACCGCUUACGAACUGCUUCUUGCUGGUUUGAUCAACGACAUAAGCGAUAUUCCGCCGAUUCUAUUUUGCUACAAAGGACCGAAUGCUAAGCGCCAUAGAGUACAAUCGUUUGCUAUUACAUGUUUUGGUACACAGCGUGCCCGACGUCAAUUUAAGGAUUCUACAGCAUAUCGCGCAAUAAAACACAAAAAUGCACUGAAUGCAGCUGCUUCUGCGGCGUUCUUCGGCAAUUUCCCAAUGCAUUAUUUUGAUCUUGGUGCGGAAGGUGACAAUGCCAAUGUACCUGCUAUGAGUAAUCAGUACACCGUUACGGUACCCUAUAUGCCACCAACUUUUCCAAACACAGUUAGCACCAACAAUCCAAUGCACUCAUUAGCAGAUUCCUCUCUGGUUUACGCUAGAUCAAAUCAUUCAAAUUCAGUUUUUGGCAUUCCUAAUAACUCAGCAAUGCCCAUCUAUCCAAAUUACUGGCUUAAUUCUUCGGAUCACUCUGCUGAUAAUUUUCCACCGGCAUCAACAAAUAACUCACGAGGUUGUUCUAUGCGAUGUACCUGUGACAUUGAAGACAUUGGCGCUCAAUCGGUUCAGCGUGGUAAUAAUGGUGGAUUUCCAACGUGCGACCAAUCCCGCGGGAAUGAAUGCAACUGGUGCUUUACACCUUUCGCAAACGAUAGUGCAUUUAAAGAGGAAUAUGACAUCUGGCGACCUAUGCCAACUUUCACCAUGAAUAACGGCAACUUGGUUGAACCCGUUUACACGAACAACUAUGUCGUCAAUACGCCGAUUCCCUCAGCUCCAAUGGCUAAUCCGGACGUUAAUGAAGCUCAUGCAACACAAUCAUUCCAAAAUUCAUACGACUCGAAUAUGAAUGAUCUGCAGCACAGCAUGAGAAACCUAUCGUUCAAGGAAUCAAAGCCAUCGACAUCGAGAUUGCCACAAGUGUUUCUAGCACGAAUAUCGCCACCGCGAGUAUAUUCGCCACAACAACUAUUUCAGCCAGGGGCAUCUUCAUCGUCGGUGCAACCAUCGCAAACGUUUUCACAGCCACCACCACAGAGAAUGGUGCAGCAAUAUGUGCCGCCGUCGCAACCAAUGUCAAUGCAGCCGAUAUUGCCGCAAUCAACAAAAAUGCAACGAAUGCCGUCGCAGUCAAUGCCGAUCCAAACAAUGUCACCGCAGCCAAUGUCCACCCAACAAAUGUCACCGCAGCCAAUGUCCACCCAACAAAUGUCACCGCAGUCAAUCCCCAUGCAACAAAUAUCACCACAGUCAAUGCCCAUGCAAUCAUCGCAUUCAGCAGUACCGGUAUGUCAAAUAUCACCGCAGCCAAUACCAAUUCAGGUAAUUCCAUCGCAGACAGUUCCACAACUGUCGGUUCCAAUGCAGCAAAUGCCACCACGAAUGCUACUACCAUCGAUGCGACCGUCGUACAUGAUGCCACUACAGAUGCCUCUGCCAUACGGAAUGCAACCACAGACUUCACGCCCACCGAAUCAUUCACCACCGAAUCAUUCACCACCGAAUCAUUCACCACCGAAUCGUUCACCACCGAAUCGUAAGACCGGAUAA